AUGCGUUACAUAGUGUUUUUCUCUGCUGUUACUGUCUCCAUGACUUUUAAUUUUGUCGGGCUCAUUGCCAGUCUGUUUACUGCAGUCGUCAGUUGUAAGACCUGGAUGAAAAACCAUAGACUCUCCAGUUUCGACAGUCUCCUGUUUAGCUUGGGCAUCAACCGGUUUCUGUUGCUGGGAUUGUUACUUCUAUAUUUGAUAUACACGUUUGUUUCUGCAAAUGUUGAAAAGUCAGAACAUGUAUCCACCUUUUUCAUGUUCUGUUGGAUGUUUUUGGACUCUAAUAGCCUCUGGUUUGUAACUUUGCUCAACGCCUUGUACUGUGUGAAGAUCACUAACUUCCAACACUCACUGUUUCUACUGUUGAAACGAAAUCUCUCCGCAAAGGUCCCCCAGCUGCUGCUGGCCUGUGUGCUGAUUUCUGCCGUUACCACGCUCCUGUAUCUUGUGUUUUUACAGACAUCACCCCAUCCUGAAUUUCUGGCUGGGAGAAAUGGCACAGAGUUUCACAUCAGUGUGGACACUGUGUCUUUCGCAACGUUUUUGGUAUUGAGUUCUUUCCUGCAGCUCAUCAUCAAUGUGAUGUCUGCUUCCCUGUUAAUCAGUUCCUUGCGGAGACAUGUACAGACGCUGCAGAGAAGCACCACUGCUUUUUGGAAUCCCCAGACUGCAGCUCAUGUGGGUGCUAUGAAGCUGAUGAUCUAUUUCCUGGUGCUCUACAUCCCCUAUUCCGUUGCUACCAUGUUCAUUUUCCUGCCUUGUGUAGGGAUGAGCCUGGAGGCUGGAAUUAUUGAUAUGAUCAUUUUUGCUCUUUACCACCCAGGACAUUCUGUUCUCAUUAUUCUCACACAUCCUAAACUGAAAACAAAAGGAAAGAAGUUUCUUUGUUUCAACAAAUAG